UUCAAGCGCAGCAUUUGAAGGAGCUUGUGGUCAGGACCGUCAAGAAUCCACGUGCUUCGCUCGGCUCCGUGGGGAUUUCAUUGGAUUGGACCAUCUUAGGAAUAUGUUUCUUGCCCGGCUCAGUUGACUCGAAGAGAGUUGCGUGAUCUCGGAGCCCGAACAGAUCUCAACGAGGAUGGUAAACCGAGAAGAUCCGCCAACGGUACACAGUCGUCUAAUGAAAUACAAGGUCGUCAUCUGUCAAGAAGAUCUGGCCGAACUCGAGAUGGUCGAAUCGGCAGACGAAGGCUAUUCUGAGGGAGAGUUCGAGCGAUUGGAUAACAGCGCUUACCAACCGGCCAGAUACCUACAGAACCCACAGAAAACGCUGGAAGACUUGACCAACGUAGCAGUUCUUUCGAAGUUGCCUGAAGUACCGUACCCAUAUGAAUUUUUCGCGACCGACAUUUUGCGUGAAUGCGAGAUAAUGAGUGCUGUCGUGAAGCUCAGCAAAUUGCCGAACGUGCUGUUCAUAUACGAGCUGAGUGGGACAUGUCAAUCGCGGCUGAAUCGUUUCAUGAAGCGCAGCUACCCCGACGUUGCCGUUAGACUCAUCGUGGCACCUCCUCCGGAUCGCUACCGAGACGACUCGACGGAAAUGAUAUUGCGAAUUUUCGCGAGACACGAUCGCAACAAAAUGUCAUAUGAGGAACUCUUUGAAGAAGCUCUGUCCAGCCACCUACUGCUCACGAAGGACUUCCCGUUCGACACCGAAAGGCUGAACGAGAUCAACCGCGAUGGCUUCCACGGACUUCGCUCGACAUUCACUUUGCGAAGGCGGAAUCUGAAUGAACAUCACAGAAUGCUUUGUAUAAGUGUACGCCAGCUGGCGCCGCUCGUUCACCGUAUGAUCCAGACGGAACAGAGACAUCUCGAUCAGGCUUUCCUUGAAUCCUUGGAAGAGGAAAUCCGUAAUAGUGCUUACGAUGUCGCCGAGCUCCCCCACGUUGCUUUCGCAGUAGAUGGCGAGGCUUUGAAGAAGCCCCUGGAGCAUCUCGUGACCUGUGUACCAGGAGUCGAGGUGGUCUGGACAAACGACAAGAAAAUUAUCCGCAAGCUGGAGCUACCCGAGCGACAUGCAGAUUUGGCCCCGCGAGGUCUCGCGUCGGCGGCAGCCACGCAGGAUCCCCCAGGGCGCCAGGAGCAGGAUAUUGUCAAGAGUCUCUCGGACAUCUUGAAGAGACCGAAUAAUCUAUACAUGUCGCUCGGAGAACUAGAGGGCCAGCUUGGUCAAGUGGCCACCAGACUCGGACAUGGUUUACGGCAGUUCAUCACCGAACGGCCGAAACAUUUCCAGAUUCUUGGUGAAGGAGAUUUCGAGGUGGUGACGCUCAGCCACCGUGCGCAAAUUAAACGCGUUUGCAAUGAUUUGCAAAAAGUUCUCAGACCGAUGAAGCCGAAAUGUAUCUCUAGCGCCCAGAUCGCUACCGCGUUCGCGCAGCACUGGAGGACUACGAACGACGCAGAAUGGCAGAAUCGGAGAUUCAACGUAGAGGAUUUCGGGGUCUGCUUCCUGGACGAUCUUCUACUGACGAUUCCACAGCACUGGGGAGUGAAUUGCAGCGAGUACGUUUCCACCGAAGGACAAGUGAUUCAGCGAAAGUACGGAACAGGCGAGGAGGACGUACCAGAUUUCGUUCCUCAAAGCGGUCGGAAAAUAAUCAACGCUUGGAUUCCAAAACACGUACAAACCGAAGAACAGAAGAAGAAUCUCGCUCUCCUCAAACAGCAGAUUCUGAACAUCUUCCGUGGCGAUCCGAGCGCUGACGUCCUGAUAAAUCAUCUGAGAGCCGAGCCGAGGCUUCACGGUCCAGAAAACGGCAACAGACUUCUCAGACUCGCCGGUCUCCGGGCCAAUCGACCCACUCCUGGCGGCAUUCACCAUCGAGCUGAGCAGAGGAGCGAACAGCUAGCGCUCCCGUGUAAUCUCUUGCUGGAAGAGAAGGCUUUCGUUCCGCUCUAUCAUCGAUUCUGUGGGGAACAAGUGACCUUGGCGAACUUUGGUGUGAGGGACCUCUUCGAGCUAUUCGAUAGCAUGUUGGACACGUUCAUCAUCAAGGGCGUUGCCCCGAAUCGCACGAUAACUCUGACACAGGAUGCCAAACUCGAGAUACUGGAGCGAAGAGUAAUCGACGUCCUCCGCAAGUCUGGUCAUCCGUUGACGGAGAGCGAUCUUUUCCGGCUCUACGUGAGCGAACCGACAAUGGUUCCGUAUCAUAACGCGAAGGAGAUCAGGGAAGCCGUCGACAAGAGUGCCUUCAUACGAGAGAUUCUCGUAGGGCAGAGACUUAUGUACCAGGUGCCGCAUUUCUUCAGCUACUCGAGAGCUGUGGCCGGGCGACCCGACAUCGAACACGUUCUGAUGAAAUUCAUGCAGAGUUACGCGCCACUGGAGAUCGUCACCAUCGAAAGGGAGUUCACCGCCAGAACCGGUCGACCUCUCAAGAGGGUUGUCAUCGAAGAUCUGAAGAGCACGGGCGCUAUUCGUCAGGUUACCGGAUCCGAGGAACUAUAUGACCUACAUGACAUUUGCCGGGUGGUUCGGAACCUCGUGUUCAAGAUGAACGAAAACCCAACUUAUAUUUACACCGUGGAGUCGCAACCCUACCUUAAUGCGAACCUGACCCCUACUUCCGUGGCUACACUCUUGGCUUUCUCCGGGGACUACACGUUCAUCCCGCCGAGGGUUCUGUUGGAAAUCAUGAGCGACUUCACGCUCAGCUUCCAACAGGUCGGCGAAGUUCAGUUCAAGCUUCAGCCUGCUCUGCAGAUCUGGACUCCGCCGGUGGAGGUCGUGGAAAGCGCCCAACCGCGUCGCGGGAAUAGAGGAGCUCAGAUAGCGCCUCGGGGCCGUCAGAAUUAUCGAUUCUCCCGGAAUCCGAGGAAUAAUAAUGACAGGCAUCACCAGAGACGGCAUCACUAGGGCUUAAAUGACGCACACUGAAUCUCAGGCGCACAAGCAUCCACCGGAAAGCUUGAGGUCGGGGAAUCUUAAACCUGUGGUAAUGGUGACAAAAAGAUCACUUCAUUACCGCAAAAUCUGGUGAAUUUACAAGUCAUCGUUUUCUUUCUGGUAAGAGAACCAAGCGAAGCCACGUGUUUCGGGAGAGCAAUCAAAAAAAAUGACUGGAUAGGCUUUGGCUUAAAGCACCAGAGGGAUCUUGGGUCGACAUUUGUACCGACCCACCUCUUCGCCGGCCGGCCAACCAUCCAUCUAUCUAUCUAACCGGCCUCGUCAGAUCUAGGCUGAUCACCCUGUAGUAGGAAAAUCGGCGAGGGAAAGAUUCCCAUCGAGGAGCUACUGUGCUCCAUAAGCAAUUCCGAGACUCCUACUGCAGCUGACGAGGCUAUCGUCCCUCAGAUCGUAAUUUAUUUGAACACCGAAUUUUCAUUCAGAACUCACGAGGAUUUUCGGAUCUCUGCAGCCCGGAACCUGCCGUUCCGAAAUGCAGAAUCCGUACCCUAAUCAGCUCAGCGCUGGUUACGUUCUCUCGAUACAUUAGAUUUAUGGUCUACGGGGGACCGGUGAGUUCAGUUCAGUUCAACUUAAGUACUGAUUCGAUGAAAUAGGAUUGAAAUUCCAAUGGUGAAUAGAAAUGGAACAAAUCAUCCGGUGACGAAACUUCUUACCAAAUAGGAUGGAAAAUCUUUCAUGACGUUGGUUAAUAGGAGUGGAAGUGAGCGAAUCGAUCCUUGCGGGUCCUUGCCUCCGUCUAGUCUUCCCUAACGGGUUUCUCCACGGAGGGGCGCUUGAAAUCUUUUUACUAUUGAAAAUAUUGGUGUAUCUACUUUAAGGAAUUUCACAAUGAUAUAUAUAUAUACAUUUAUCGUUUGAACUAGAGGAAUACACCCAAUCGAAAUGAGGAUGAUCACCGGCCUUUCGGAAUUUAGUACUGAGAAUUAUAGAUUUGGACAUGUCGAGAACCCGCGUGGUGGGUCGCGUCAAGUGAUUCCUUGGAGCGAUUGUCCUAUACAACGCUAGUCUCGAAGCAAGGAUUAUCUUAAACUAGCUAACGUGUUAAAUAGUCUCAUUAUGAUAUCUGUCAGCGUUUUGCGUCAAGCAAAUGCUCAAAUGUCAGAUAUCUUCAUUCGUGGUGGGCGAUUGAACUGCCUGAAUCAAAAAAAUUUGUGCUUUGAAUGAAGUGCUUU